UUUAAGAGAUGAAAUAGUACUUGUGAACGCAUGAUAGAAUAAGAAAGAUUCCCCUUCAAAUGAUCAAAAAAACAAUCAAAACUCAAAAGACUUACCAUCUGUAGCCAAUUACAUGAAUCCAUCAAGGCCGGUGACUUCCCUUUCUUUUCUCUUUUUCACCCCUUUUAAAACUCACCAAAACCUAAUCACUAUUCACACACACACUUACACAUUUUUAAGUAAAUUAUAAGCACACUUACUUCAUAAAAUAAAUUUUGUAAUGGCGGCAUUGACUGCAUCUUCAAACGCACAAAAAACAACACUCUUAAAACAACACAAAGAAAAACAUUUCACCGCAGGAGAAGUUGUGCGUGAUAUCAUAAUCGGUGUAUCGGAUGGCCUUACUGUCCCAUUUGCCCUGGCUGCCGGCCUUUCGGGGGCAAAUGCUUCGUCCUCUAUAAUCCUUACCGCCGGCAUCGCUGAAGUCGCUGCCGGUGCCAUCUCUAUGGGCCUUGGCGGGUAUUUGGCUGCCAAGAGUGAAGCGGAUCAUUACGCGAAGGAAUUGAAGAGGGAACAAGAUGAGAUUAUAGCCGUUCCUGAUAUAGAGGCGGCUGAAGUUGAAGAGAUAUUGGCGGAAUAUGGGAUUGAACCACAUGAGUAUGCUCCUGUUGUGAAUGCUCUCAGGAGAAAACCUCAAGCAUGGCUUGAUUUCAUGAUGAAGUUUGAGCUAGGUUUGGAGAAGCCAGAGCCAAGAAGAGCCUUACAAAGUGCAGUGACAAUAGCAAUAGCCUACAUAAUUGGUGGAAUAGUCCCUCUUCUUCCUUACAUAUUGAUUCCUGUGGCUAAAAAAGCUUUGUUAGCAUCAGUAGUCUUAACAUUGAUUGCCCUCUUAAUAUUUGGUUACGCCAAAGGUCAUUUCACAGGCAGUAAACCCAUAAAGAGUGCCUUUCAAACUGCUUUGAUUGGAGCACUGGCUUCUGCUGCUGCAUUUGGCAUGGCUAAGCUUGUUCAGGGUUAAAUUAUAGCACAUUACUACUAUAUUUGUAACUCUUUUAGUUCUAUGCUUUUAGAUGUAUCAUUUAAUUUGAAGUACUUCUAGUUCUAGUGCUAUGUUUGACUUUUGGCCCAUGAAGAUUGUUUAGCUAGAUAGUUUACUGGUUGAUUUUGUCUUUAAAAAGGAUAUAGCCAAAGAGUUCUUCAGCU